AAAAACAACAACCAGGAAUGACUUUACAAUCGCUCUGAUGGUCAUCUCUAUUGACAAGUCUUUGUCGUUUCUCGUCGUUUAAGUAUUGUUAUUCGGUGUUAUUUUUAGCUCGACCAUAGUUUCGUUUUAAGUUUUAUAGUAUCUAAGCAAAGAAAAUGGCGAACUUAACUAAAAGGAAACUGCACCACAUGAAUGUUAACGACUUAUCGUAUUCUGGUGGUGGGGAGUCUACAGAUGAGCUGAUUGAAAUUAAGCGUGAUUUGGAAGGAUGGAGAGAAGUGUUAUUGCCCUUGGAAAGCCUAUUGUUAUGGAAUCAGCCAUAUUGCCCAGCUGUAAUAGUUGGUGUAACAACAUUCCUUUUUUCGAUUGUUUGGUACACAGAAAUGUCAGCACUUACUACCUUAUCACUUGCUGGAAUCAUAAUUGGCAUAGUUGAUUUUGUUGUUCCAUUUAUGGGGCCAUCUAUUACUGGGAUAAAAAAUUGGACUGCAGCAGAAGAAGCUCAGUUUACAACUAUUUGUAUGACUUUAGUUUCCUUACGGCAGGAUGUGAUUGAUACAUGUCGGGGACUUUCAACAAUGAGACAACGAAAUGCUAAAACGUUCUUUUUUAUUGUUAUGGGUAUCUUGACAUCUACUGCAUUCAUUGGAAAUAUAAUUGACAAUCUGUUCCUACUAUAUCUUGUUGUGAAUUUUUGCUUGUUGCUACCAGGACUUCGGCAACACGAAGUGGCAUACAAGUACCUGCAACCAAUCAUAAGAGCAAUCAAUAUGUUAAAGGCAAAGCUAAUUGACAAAGAGAAAGAAUACUAAAAUCAUUUCUCUUUUAAGGUGUAUCCAAAAAGUGUGGUUUUUUAAAACUAGUUUUAGAAAAUGAUAAGCUUUUGAGUUUGGAAUUGAGUAAUUUAUGUUUUAUGCUUUAAAAUAAAUUCUUUUGGUAUUGUGUUGAUUUUAUUAAUAGACACCAUUGUUCUGUUUUUAAAAAAGUAAUUUACAGUAUACAUUUUUGUGUAAAUUCACGCCAAAUUAAUGCUCUGAGAAUGGUAGAUUUGAUUUAAAAAUAGGUGAAAUCUUUACUUUUUGUCAAUCAUUAUUUAGCUUGUAUACAAGUUUUAUUUUUCAUAAAACAAUCAUUCCAUUAUAAAAGUGUUGAACUUACUUAAAGUUAAAAUAAUUGCACUAUUGGUUGUAUAAAAUAGUAACAUCAAAUUUUAAUUAUUAUAGUAGAAAAUUAAGUAUAUUCAUUUUCAAAGUUACUUGUGAAAUAUAUUCUAAUUAAUGAAACUCACAAAACUCAAAUGAAUUUCAACUAGUUUAAAAUUUCAAACACUUUUACUCACAUUGUUUCUAGUUAAUCAAAUUAUAGUGAUUUUUCAAGUAUUCAUAUUGCUGCUUUUUGGUAAACUUUAAAAUAUAUAUAAAAUGUGUAGUAUUAGGUUAAGAACUUCAAUAUUUUCAAGAUAGCAAAUUAUGCUGCUUUUCCAAAUCUAGAACAUGUAUAUAUUUUGUAUUUUUGAUUACGUUUUGGUUUUUAUUUCUGUGUGUACAGUUCAUUACACACAGUUUUUGUUGCUAAUUUCUCACUAUUUUAAAAAUUCUAUAUACUAGGAUUGCAUUGUGAUUGUUAUUAGUAUUAGGUAGUUUGUUUGCAAACUGAGAUGGAACAAAGCAAGUAAAUUAUGGUUUCUGAAGCAAACUAUAUAAGUAGUUUUCACCUUUCUUAUAUGUUAAAUGCUACAUUAAUUUGUGCCUAAAUAGUUUUCUUUUUGACAACUUCUGUUAAUGUUGGAGUGCAUUAGAAAUGUUACUUUAUAGACAGUUUUCAAUCUUACAGAAUUUCACCAAAGUUUAUACACUGGACAGUAGAUUUAUCAACUGGAUGUAACUUUAAAUGGGCAGGAUUGUGGUGUUACAACAAUGGUUAUUUUUAUAAAUACUUUUGUUGAAAAUAUAAAAUUUGCCAAUUGAGUAACUUUUAUUACUUUUUUUCUAAGAACAUUAUCUGUUAUAAAAAACUAAAAUGUAUUUGUUUCUAACAAACUGUUACAUUAAAACCAAAAAUAUUUUAAUGUAUUUAAAAUCUCAUUGCAUACAGUGAAAUUUAUAAUGUAAAUAAAUAAAAAGGCUACUCAAUGCAUUUAACAAUGGACAAUUGCAGGCCUUAUGUGUAAAUAUGUUUCUAGUAUUAAACAAGCUUACUGGUUUGCAUUGUUUGAUUAUAUCACAUUGUUAUUUUUAGUAAAAAGUUAUAUAAAAAACUAUGUAAGCUUAAAUAUUUAAAUUAAGUUACUUGACUUUUUAUAUGAAUUUCUGCUUUAAAAGUCGACAAAUUAAAGGCUCAAGUUUAACUUUUUCUUUAAAAUAGAAAUAAACAUUCAAAAAGUACCAUAGGAUAUAUUUCUAAAACAAAACUUAGUUUUAUAUACGUAUAUUUAGGCAAAUUAAAAAAAAGUUAAGUUUUUAUAACUUGAAAUUAUUUUUCUUCAUUUUCAUGAAGGCUAGUUUAUUGUAGUAAAAUAUGCAUAAUGUAAUUAGACCUUAGCUAAUAACAAUAUAGUUGUUACAACUUCCUAUAAUAAAAUUGUCUAAUGCUUUGAUAAAUACACUUGUACUAUGUGUGUCUGUGAUCAUGUGGUGCUAUGCAUGUAAAAAGAAUUGUGUAUAUAUGUUUGUUUAAAACAUCAAUAAUAAAUAAUUACAUUUAGAAGCAUUUACAUUAAUAAAAAUGUGUUAACAGUUUCUAGCUGAUAAAUUUAAGGUCUAAAAAAUAAUUCCUAGUUUUGGAAUUUUUUUAAGUUUAUAAACUACAGUGUGAAUUUUAAUACUAUGUAUGGAAUGAGAUAGUAUUGUAACAAUGAUUAUAUAUUAUUAAAACUGUAAAUGUGUUUAUAAUGUUACAGUGUGUUUUGAGAGUAAGAAAAAUGUUACUACAAACACAAACUAUAAAAGGGCUACAGAACACUAGUCAUUCAAUAUCGAUCAAAUAGCUUAAUAUAUAUUUGUUUUCCUAACAAAAUAAGUUAAAAGCUAAAGGGUCAUACAUAAAUGACAUCACACACCUGGGGGGGGGGG